AUGAAGUUAUUGAAAUGUGAGACAUGUAAAAGGGGUUUUGCACAGUCAUUGAGUCUGGUUUAUCACUGGCCCAUUCACCCAGGGGUAAAACCAUUCACACAGGGGAUAAACAGUUCACAUGCAUGGUGUGGGAGGAAUAAAUUCCCAAAUUCAUCAACCCUGCAUAAACACCACUGCCUUCAUACUGGGGAGAGACAGUUCAUUUGCAAGGUGUGCAAUAAGUCAUUCUCACAAUCAUCAUACAUCAUUUUUCACCAAUGCACUCACACCAGGGAGAAACCAUUCACAUGUGUGAUGUGUGACAAAUCAUUCUCAUCAUUAUUGGAACUCCGUACAUACCAACAUAUUCACACGGCCGAAACUGUUCCAACCUGA